AUGUUUUGCAAAAAGUCGGUCUUGCUGCUAAUAAUACUUUUUGCAUUUCGAGUUUUCAAUGCAGCCACUACCACUACUUUUUGGCAACCUGAUGAGUACUGGCAGGCAUUGGAACCGGCGCACAGUAUUGCUUAUGGCUACGGUUACCUCACCUGGGAAUGGAGGGUGGCUUUACGGAGUGCCCUUCAUCCAUUACUUUUUUCUGGUGCCUACUCUUUGGGUGCUCGUCUAGGUUUACCCCAAACUCCUGACGCAAUUAUUUGGGCUCCUCGAAUUCUUCAGGCCUUUAUUGCUGCAAUUGGCGACUACUACUUUAUUGUUUUCAGUAAAAACAUUUUUCGCAACAAAUAUCCCACCGACACAAUUACUUUCUACUCGUUCUUUAUUACUACAGGUUCGGCUUUCAAUCUUUUUGUUUCUACCAGAACUUUUUCAAAUUCACUUGAAACUUCGCUAACAACCAUCGCCCUUGCCUACUGGCCUUGGCGACCUACAUCCAUUAAAUGGCCAAAGUUUUACACGUCGCUUUUAAUAGCUGCUUUUUCAUGUGUCUGUCGACCAACAAAUGCAUUGAUUUGGAUCUUUCUUGGAUUAAUCUUAUUUAUCAAGACAAACCAAAAAGUUUCUGUCAUGUUUAGUGUAGUCACCAUUGGAAGUAUUGUGGUUGGAAUUAAUGCUUAUUUAGACCGCUGGUAUUAUGCUCACUCUCAAGCUUACGAACUUUCUACCCCAGAAUCGCCCACGUGGGUUUUCCCCAUGCUCAAUUUUUUAAGAGUGAAUGUUUUAGAGUCUGUUUCUAGUUUUUACGGAACAUCACCAUGGCACUACUACUUUGUUCAAGGUCUCCCACUCCUUCUUAUUGGAUAUCUUCCUUUCACAUUGUUUGAUAUGCUCCGCUCAAAGUCAUCCCAUAGCACUUUGCUCGUUGUUUUUAUCGUUGGGGUGUUUUCUCUCCUUAAACACAAGGAAGUUCGUUUUAUUUAUCCUAUCAUUCCAAUUUUGCAUCUAAAAACGCUAAAUGCUUUUUUGAAAGGGAGAGGCUCUUUCAUAUUUUCUAAAGCUGUUUUUGCAGUAAUUAUUUUGCUCAAUAUUAUUGUUGCAACUUUUUUUAACACUGUUCACCAGCAAGGUGUCAUGAAGGUUUUGCAAUACCUUCGUAACGAACCAUCUCAGCCAUCACCAGAUGGCAGUCUAACACCACUUAGUAUUGGAUUUUUAAUGCCAUGUCAUUCAACCCCUUGGCAAAGCCAUAUUCACAGACCGGAACUUGACUCGUGGGAUAAGCUUUGGUUUUUAACGUGCGAGCCUCCAUUGGGUCUUAAUAUAUCCGAAAGAGCCAACUAUAUAGAUGUUUCGGACCAAUUUUAUAAUGACCCUGAAACUUUUAUUAGCAAGCAUUUCCCUCCAUUAUCAACUUUAACUUUUCAAAAAAACGCUAAAGAUAAAAAAUAUGCUGAACAAGAUUUGAAGGAAGACGAUGUAAUCUCGCGUCAAGCAUCGAGGGGAGAAGAAAUAAACGAAGAAACAAUUUUAUCAGUUUUGGGAGAAAAAUAUGAAAAUAAUAUUGAAGCAAGAAUCAAUUAUGACUACAUUUGGCCUUCGCGCUUAGUCUUUUUUGAAUCUUUGGAACCAGUAAUCAAAUCUUUGUUACAGGAAACACCCUACUACGAGUGUCGGAGAUUUUUCAAUUCGUAUUUCCAUGAAGAUUCGCGCAGACAAGGUGACGUCAUUGUUUACUGCAAAUAG